AUGGAGCUCGCCUCGGCCGUGUCACACCGACCUGGCUGCCGUCUACAGUCAAGGAGAGCGACGGCGUUCUGUCUGUCUGUCGCCGUAUCCCAGGGCGCCGUGCUGUCUGGACCUCCAGGGACGGGGAAGACUCUGCUGGCUAAAGCCACAGCCGGAGAGGCCAACGUCCCCUUCAUCACCGUCAACGGCUCCGAGUUCCUGGAGAUGUUUGUGGGCGUCGGUCCGGCCAGGGUGAGGGACAUGUUUUCCAUGGCGAGGAAGAACGCCCCCUGCAUCCUCUUCAUCGAUGAGAUCGACGCUGUGGGGAGGAAGAGGGGCGGAGGGAACUUUGGCGGUCAGAGCGAGCAGGAGAACACACUGAACCAGCUGCUGGUGGAGAUGGACGGUUUUAACACAUCCACUAACGUGGUGGUCUUGGCUGGAACCAACAGACCCGACAUCCUGGAUCCAGCACUGAUGAGACCGGGACGCUUCGACAGACAGAUCUACAUAGGUCCUCCAGACAUCAAGGGCAGGGCGUCCAUCUUUAAAGUCCACCUGCGACCCAUCAAACUGGACCCCAACAUGGACAAAGACGUUCUCGCCAGGAAGAUGGCGGCUGCCACUCCGGGAUUCACCGGAGCCGACAUCGCUAACGUCUGCAACGAGGCGGCGCUGAUCGCUGCCAGACACCUGAACCCGUCCGUCAACGCCAAACACUUCGAACAGGCCAUCGACCGCGUCAUCGGAGGUCUGGAGAAGAAGACUCAGGUGCUGCAGCCCACGGAGAAGAAGACCGUGGCGUAUCACGAGGCCGGUCACGCCAUCGUGGGCUGGUUCCUGGAGCACGCCGACCCGCUGCUGAAGGUGUCGAUCAUCCCGCGGGGGAAGGGUCUGGGUUACGCUCAGUACCUGCCCAGAGAGCAGUACCUGUACAGCAGAGAGCAGCUGUUCGACAGGAUGUGCAUGAUGCUGGGGGGCCGCGUGGCCGAGCAGACCUUCUUCGGCAGGAUCACCACGGGAGCUCAGGACGACCUGAAGAAGGUCACGCAAUCCGCCUACGCUCAGGUGGUGCAGUUCGGGAUGAGCGAGAAGGUGGGGCAGGUGUCGUUCGACCUGCCCCGGCAGGGGGAGAUGGUCAUGGAGAAGCCGUACAGCGAAGCCACGGCCGAGCUGAUCGACCAGGAGGUCCGAGAGCUGGUGGACCGGGCGUACCAGAGGACCAUGCAGCUGAUCCAGGAGAAGAAGGAGGUGGUGGAGCUGGUGGGGAAGCGUCUCCUGGAGAGGGAGGUCCUGGACAAGGCGGACAUGUUGGAGCUGCUGGGCCCGCGGCCGUUCGCGGAGAAGUCGACGUACGAGGAGUUUGUGGAGGGGACGGGGAGCUUCGAGGAGGAUACGAGCCUCCCGAAGGGCCUCCGGGACUGGAACCAGGAGAGAGGAGGAGGGGAGGCCGAGGAGGCCAAGGAGGCGACCCCGCCUCAGGACAGACAGCAGGCCAUGUAGAGGGCGAAGACUCAGAUAAGACACCGUGCAGACGCAAUGCGGCCCGGGAGGUGUUAGAUUGUUUUAUAAAUUAUUUCCACAGAUCAGUAUUUCACGUUUUCAGUUUCCCUCAAAUUCCCAGUUGAAGGAUCCGACUUUAAUUCUGGGCUGAGAUAAAACUCACUGGACGCACUAAAGACGUAAUUUAACAGCAGGAAUGAAUUCGAUCUGUGGAACUCGCUCGGACAGGAAGACGCUCCCAGCGCCUUAAACAGGAAAACAACAACAAACAGACUGUUUUUAAUAUUCCUGAAGUGUAAAUGUGUGAACACACUAGUACACAGUAUUUAUUCCAUUAAAGGGGAAGUUUUUUUCUCCCCGACUGAUUUAAAUUUAACUUUUGCUGGUUGAAAUAUUUGGAGAACUGACGGUGAAGUUGUUUGUUUCCUGUUGUUGGUUUUUAUUUUGUAGGGUCAAACAAACACAGCGACUGUUUUCUACAAAUGCACUGAUGCUGUAAACAGAUAAUUGUGGACAUUUUGUGUGAUUGUGUAUGUGUGUGUAAUUUGCUGUGUAUUUUUCAACCUGGAUCGUACGACAGGGAUUCGAGCUGUAGGCCGAUAUCUCAGCGUUUGGGUCACUUCUGUGAAGAAAAGUAAUUAAAUUGUUUUAAAUAAAACAAACGUCAGGGAGAAGAAAAUGCCAAAUUUGUCAAAAAAAGAGCCUAUUGACUCUGUAUGAUGGUUAAAAAUGAUAAAAAUACAGACAGAAUUGGAUUAAAAGUUCCCUAAACUGGAAAUUAUCUGCUCAAAAUUCAUCCAGAUCUCAUAAAAUGUCCCGUUUGGCUGCAGACUGAAACAGAAAAUAAGCUCCAGGUUGAAAAAUACCAAAAAGUACUAAUUAAAGGAAAAAUCCCCCUCAAACAUUUCAACACAAACUCAGUUGUGACUUCUAGUUUCAGUUUUCUUCAGUUUUCAUCCCCAGCAGCAACGUGACGUUCUUUGUUUUAUCAGCUCCCCUGAAGAGAGUAAAACUAAUUAAAUUAAUCUUAUUAACGAGUUAUAAACACAGACGUACUGAUGGUAAAAGAGUCCAGCUCCUAAAAUAAUUAACGUGUCUUGAGAUUAAAGUUUUAAUUAAUUCAUUUUAAACACUUUCUUUAGAUCUCGUCUGGAGCAGGAUGAGGGUUAAUAUUUAAUGUUAAAACUGUGGAAAUCAGUAAAAGUAUUCGCUCGUUUGACUGAUUCCAGGUCAGACUUUAACCCUUAAAGACACCAUUAAAACUUUAUAUUAAUAUUAAUUCCCUUAUACGUACAUAUAUCUACACAUAUUUCAUAAAAGAUAUUUAGAAUUGAAGCCAAAAAGAGUAAAAAUAAAAGCUUUCCAAUGUUUUACUGACAGCUGGACCAUAUAAAGCUUCUAAUGUACAUAAACUCAGAAUGUUAGACUCUUGUGGAAACAUUAAUAACAACGUCAUCAAUAACCUAUAAUCACCUAUCGGGGGAUUUUUUCUUUUUAAUGUCACAUUAUCGUGGUCGUCCAGCAGGGGGCAUCCGACUGAAAGCUGCUGAAUCUGAACUCCAGUUGUUUGUUUUUAAUCUCAAAGUGCUUCGAUCAAUAAAUAAUACAAUGGA